AGAGUAGAAUUUAACCAUAUUAAGAGAUUUUAAGAAAAUGCCCAACGUGAAGAGAAAGCCACAACAGAAAAAUCAGGGAAAUAAACGAAAACGUCGGCAAAUCGAUUUGGGCGCAUUAUCAAAAAAGCAUAGAAAGCUAUAUAGAGAAGAAGGAAAGCGCCCUAUGAAAAAGGAAACGGAGAAUAUUGUGGCUGAAGAAACAGAUGUCAAGGCAAAUGAAAAUAAUGUGAACAGUGAGGAGGACUCCUACAGCUCCAGUGAUGAGGAACACAACCCAUAUCAACAGCUGCUGUCACAACUAGUUCCAUCUAGGCUGGACAACAAGUCACAUGUUGACUCAGAUGAAAGUGAGAGCAGUGAAAGCAAUGAAGAACUUGAAGAUGAUGAAGACGUUGAAGAAAUAGAGGCGGACACUAAGGACCUUGACUCUGAAGUUGAGAGUGAAGCAGAGGAUGAUAGUGAACAUGCGAAUGAUGAUGGCGAUGAUGAUGAUAGUGAUAAUCGUGAAGAGGAUGGGGAGGAGGAGGUUGAAGAUGAUGAGGUUGAUGAUGUGGAUGAUGAUACAGACAACAUACUUCUAGAUACAGAUCCCUUCCUUCAUCAUUUUGAGCGAGUCCUGGAUGAAGAUGUUGCUGAGAAACUCACUUCUUGUUCAGCUUGUCAGUCAGAAGAUGUUAAGGUACCAGGUGUGGGAGUGGCUCAACACAAGUGGCCGUCUCCAGCACUAAAAGUGAAACAUAGCUACAAGGAUGACAAGCGUCUUAAAGAGCUCCAUGUAAAAGAGGCACUGUGUGGUACCCUGGCAGAGACAAAUAGAAAACUGUGCAAUGUUUCAACAGACGGACUUACACCAUUUCAAAGUGGGCUUUUCCAGAUAUUCAACAAUUAUCAGGAUGUCUUCUACAGUGAGAGGGACAAAGACAAAGGGGAGCAACUGCGACUGGCUUAUUGCCUUCAUGCUCUCAACCAUGUGCUCAAAACAAGGAAGCAGGUGGUGGCCCACAACACAAAGAUCAAACAAAAAGGACACCAGGAUGUUGAUGAUGAUUUCAGAGACCAAGGACUGACCAGACCAAAGGUGCUUAUGAUUGUGCCUUUCCGUGAUUCGGCGAAGAAAAUUGUAGAUAUUCUCAUCGAGCUUCUCAAUCCGACCGAUCAAACAAUGCAGAGUUUUGUUUCCAACAAGAAGAGGUUUUACCAGGAGUACACAUUGCCUGAGGAGGAUGAGCCAAAGAAAGGAUAUAAGCCUGAGGACUUUGAGGCAACCUUCGAAGGCAACAUUGAUGACCAUUUCCGUAUAGGGCUUGGAGUAGCCAAGAAGACUUUGAAACUCUACACCCAGUUCUACAUGUCAGAUAUCAUCCUGGCGUCACCGCUUGGGUUGCGCAGGCUGAUUGGAGCAGAAGGGGAGAAGGAACGUGACUAUGACUUCCUCAGUUCCAUAGAGAUGCUCAUCAUUGAUCAGGCAGAUGUGCUCAUGAUGCAGAACUGGGACCAUGUGUUGCACAUCAUGCGACAUCUUCACCUUCAGCCCCAGGAAUCUCACGGGGUUGACUUCUCUCGGGUUCGUAUGUGGACGCUCAACGGCUGGUCCAAGUUCUACCGUCAGACGCUACUAUUCAGUGCUGUCUCUGUCCCGGAAAUGUCUGCCCUCUUCAACAAACACUGUCACAACUAUGCAGGGAAGUACCAGUUUCUGAGGAAACCGUCCACAGGAACCAUAUGUCAGAUAGCUGCCCAGCUGCCACAGGUUUUUCAUAGGAUAGAAAGUUCAUCCUAUACCAAUCUUCCUGAUGAUAGAUUUGAAUUCUUCAUCAAAAAGGUGUUUCCCCAGCACUCCAAGGCAGGCAUUCAGCAGACACUUAUCUUCAUUCCCUCGUACUUUGACUUUGUGCGGCUCCGUAACUACUUCAAAAGGGAGGGAAUCAAUGUGCUACAGGUCAGCGAGUACACGGAGGACAAAGCAGUGAACACGGCCAGGAAUCUGUUCUUUCACCACAAAGUGCCCUAUAUGCUGUACACUGAGCGAUUUCACUUCUACAAAAGGGUACGGGUGCGCGGUAUCCGUCACCUGAUAUUCUACAGCCUGCCCCAGUACCCCCACUUGUACAGCGAGGUGUGCAACAUGAUGCAGGACAGCAAGGUGAAGGCAGGGGCAGACUACUCCUGUACAGUCCUCUACAGCAAGUUUGAUGCCCAGAGACUGGCCGAGAUAGUCGGGACAGAGCGGGCGGGGGUCAUGUUGACCUCGCAGAAAUCUGUGCAUAUGUUUGUGUCUGGGGAGAAUGGUUAAUAAGUGUCAUAUGAAAGCAUGUGUCAUUUCUGUUCAUUUGUCAUUUUGUUUUGUUUAAUAAAAUAUUUGUUAAUUGA